AUGUUCUGGAUCAACGGUAUCGGCGUACGCGAGCGGGAUCUUCCUCGAGAAGUGACCUGCCUACAUCUCCAACGAUGGGGCCGAUGCGGCUUAGGGCUGCCUCCCCUCCUACGAUGCUAUGUCCUCCACCGAGAUGACAACAACUGGGACAGCAACGGGCCCUACGAUUGCGUAAAUCCAGAAUGCCCUGGCCACAAGUUCCCUUUGGGACCGCCGUGCUACGGACCACAAGGCGUCACCCUUGCCCGAUUAUUCUGUGCGACUGGCUUAGACCGAGAUAGCGACCAACUGGACUAUCCAAGAGCGGGGAUCUUUGCAAUGGAAAUUGGGGCAUUGAUAGAGAAAGAUAUUCCCGCCUCGGACUGGCACCGCUUGCCUCAUGAUCCAGCCGAUGAUCCGUUCGAGGCAGUUGCAAAUGCUUUCGGGUUUUUCAGAGCGCAGCCUGAUGGCGACUUCGAUGAGCAAUGGAUCAACCAUGGGGAGGCGGCGGUCGCCAGCCUUAAUCGGCCAGCUCGCGGCCCACGGGCUGCUCCUCCUCGCUCAGCGCCAGCUCGCCAACUCGCUCUUCCAGCUCCGCCAGCGCCCUCAACGCCCCCGGCUCGCGCCAAACAACUUGCCAUCAUGCCCGCGCCUCGACCGGCGCCACCAGCGCGUACCGAAUCUGCGCCCGCACCCGCGCCACCUGGGCUGACUAAACGAGUGCCAGUCGCCCAUCGACCCCCACCACGGCCUGCAACUCCAGUCUACGAGGAAGAGUACCCAGAUGAGGAAGAAUACUCAGAGGAAGGGUGUGCCGAGGAAGGAUGCUCACAGGAAGAGUACGCAGAAGAAGAAUAUGCGGAGGAAGAAACCCCAGCCGAAGAGGAUUACGCGGUCGAGCAAUAUAUGCCAGAAAAGGCUCGCCAGGAAUCAGAGGUCUGGGAAGAUGUCGACGCGGCUAUCGCAAACAGUCUGCGUGACAUGCGAGUCACUGUCCAAGUCACUACGCAGCAUGCACCUGCUGCAGGCCCUGUCACUCGGCCAGCCCCUCGCCGCACCCAGAUACAAGCACCGGCGGUCGGUCCUUCAGCCACGAGGCCAGGUGCACCGCAGCGGGCGAAUACGGGCACUCCGAAAAAUGCUCACCCUGCUCAGGCACAGGCUCCCAGACCAGCUCCAGGCCCCCUAAGACCGGCUCCACCGCAGCAUGCGCAUACAACCACUCCGCAGCACUCCCAGUACACCCAAGCACCGGCCCCCACCUCUGGAUCCUCUACAAGACCGGCUCAAUUACGGCGGGCAUCUACGACAGUAGCGCAACCUCCUCACCAAACUCAGACCCAUGUCCGCGCAGCCGGUCCCUCCACUUCUAGAGCCCCUCCUACGCGACCAGCCCACUCACCGCUCGCCUCGAUUGCAGCGCCCCCCGUCCAGAACGAUGACUACAGCCCCUGUGUCGACAUCAGCGCCUCCGCAUUCGUCGGCCGCCCAAUACCUCGCAACGAGGCUCGCGCUGGUCCGCCGUCAGCGGCGUCCAAGCCUCCUCCGUCGGGUAAAUCUGCUCCAGCGGGUAAAUCUGCUGCUGCGUCUCGGCCUUCUCCAGCGGGUAAAUCCGCUCCAGCGCCGAAGCCCAGCAAGGGGAAGAGUCGUCAGCCGCCGCCGCCAAGGCAGACGCGUGCGCCUAGACCCGCUGCACCGACCGCACCAGCUGCGACGGCUGCGCCGGCUGCGCCGGCUGCGCGGCGUGGGCCGCCUGUGGCUCAGUACUAUGCCCCGCAAGAACAGGAAGAGGAAGAGGCGCCGCCUAGCUAUUAUGAGGUGACUGGUGAAGGCGAACUUACUUACAAUGAGAGUACGGGUCAAUGGGAGAGGUUGGAGUGA